GAAGUAGCGAGGGUUUACGGUGGAGCAGAUAGGUGUCGCGUAGUGAUGGAGGGGGUAACUGGUGCGUGCGAGCGCACGAGCCCGCCAGUUCUUCGGUGAGGCUCGAAGAGGUCAGGUUAACUCUCGUCACUAUUCCGCUCGGCAAAACGCGAAUCUCUCUCUCUCAACUCGUGUAUACACAAGUGCACGCACGGUUCUUGUAUUUCGACUUGUCACAUUGAUGACGGUGUUUGUUUGUAUUUUUAAUAGCUAUGGAAUGCGGUCGAGACGCGUAAACACUAUUUUCGUUACGUCGCGUGUUCGGUGCUGAUCUCGUCGAGUGCAAGGGCGAGUCGUUCUCUCGCAAUCUCGUCGUUGUUAUUCUGCCUGGGUUGUUUCUUUCGGGCCGAGAGGUGCAAAUAAGUGAUUUUAUGAAUGCGGGAUCACAAGUUUACUGUCAUCGAGAGGAUCGUUAUUAGAAUCUUGGAGAGUUAAGCAGCCACUGUAUGUUCGUCCGCGGCCUAGUGACCUGACCUUGGGUCGGCCCGACCAGGAGCCUUGCCAAACCGAAGGAAGCUAACUCGCGAGGCUGGGUCCGGGUAAAAUUCGCAUUUCUGAAUAUAAAAAUCAGCUUGCAUGGACCUUGACUAGCCGGCCUUAAUGCGAGGACUGCAGGCAAUCGGUGCACCGAGAAAGGAAUCUUUAAGAAUGUGAAGAAACAAAGGAGCGCAAAUGCCCAACCAGGCACGGCCUCGUCGAGAGUGGUCUCCCCAGUCCCCUAUACAUGUAUUGUGGAUGCCCCGCUCUGCCAUGAGGCCGGCCGAGGGCGACACAUCGGACUGCAUCCUGGUGGUUGGGAUAUCGAGACCGAAAAUGGCCGCCGCCUUCCUCACCGUCGUCCUUCUCUCCCUGUUCCUCACGUUCCACAUCCUAUACGACAGCGCUGUGUACAGUCUUCACGCUGCCUCGGCCGUGGAGGGGCGCGCGGUCGAGCUCGUGUCCCAGGUCCGUGCCACGCCCCCCCUCCUCUUCUCGAGCAAGGUGCACUUCCCCCGCACGAGCCGUCAUCUACCACAGGCGAUAAUAAUCGGGGUGAGGAAGUGCGGGACGAGGGCCCUUCUCGAGAUGCUGUUCCUCCAUCCCCAGAUACAGAAGGCGGCGGGCGAGGUCCACUUCUUCGACCGCGAUGACAAUUACGGGAAGGGACUCGAGUGGUAUAGAAGGAAGAUGCCUUACUCGUUCAGGGGCCAGAUCACCAUCGAGAAGAGUCCAAGUUAUUUCGUCACGCCGGAGGUACCUGAAAGAAUUCGAGCGAUGAACGCGAGCGUGAAACUGUUGCUGAUAGUGCGGGAGCCAGUGACCAGGGCGAUAUCCGACUACACCCAACUACGUACACACGCGGCCACCGCCUCGACGAUGACGAAUGGCACGCCUCGAAGCGUGCAACAGCAGCAGCAACAGCAGCAGCAGCAGCAGCAAGCGGCGCGCAGCUUCGAGGAGUUGGUGAUACGAGCGGACGGCAGCAUCAACGAGUCGUACAGGCCGGUCGCCAUCUCACUUUACCACACGUACAUGCACAGGUGGCUCGAGGUAUUCUCCAGGGAUCAGAUCCUGAUAGUGAACGGCGACCAGCUGAUCGAGGAUCCGGUGCCCCAGUUGCGCAGGAUCGAGAACUUCCUCGGGCUGGAGCCGCGGAUAGGAAGGCACAACUUCUACUUCAACCACACGAAAGGUUUCUACUGCCUUCGAAACGAGACGUCGGAGAAGUGCUUGAAGGAGAGCAAGGGUAGACGGCACCCGCGCGUAAGCCCCGUGGUUGUCACCAAGCUGAGGAGGUUCUUCAACGAGCACAAUCAACGGUUCUACGAGCUCGUUGGGGAGGAUCUCGGCUGGCCCGAGGAAUAACCAUCGUAGAGGUGGCUCGAUCUCGCCGUAUCUCUAUUGUGCCGUGGCUGCCACGUCGGGCCCAAAUUUUUCUUUUUUUUUUUUUUUGUCUCGCGAAGGAUUUCUCAGACGCUGGCCUCUGCUUCGAUUCAAGAUCGAGCUACUUAUUCGACGAAGAUUCCCUCGAAAAUGGAGGAAGGCUGGAAGAAGAAGAAGGAAACACGUGAAGGUGAAGGAAAGAGGAUAUCUUCGUGAUCUUGGAAUCGAAGAAGGGAUAUUCAAGAGUCGGUCACUUUUCGACUCGAGAAAUUAAAAUUAUAACUUAUCUGAAAGUCUUUUUUUUUUUGGGAGGGUGAACGUUACGAGAUUCUUCGGGAAACUUCUGAUGGCGCUUCUCGUCGUGGGAAGGAAUUAAGGCUGAUCGAGAUAAGUACCUUUUAUAUUCUACUCAGAUUGGCAGGUCAACAUCGAAAACGCACGGGUAACACGGUCGAUGACAAUGGAGAUAAGAUUUACGGAGAAGUACAAUGUGCUCGAAUUUUUAAAAACGAAAAAAAAGAAAAUGCAUUCUUCUUUUCAAUUUUCAAAUCGUCAAAUCAAACAUUUCACAUUCGUCAAGGCGGAGAAAUUGAGGGCGAACUUGUUCGUUGAUUCGUUCGGCGACAAUGAAAGGAAGAACGGAGAUGCGCGUUUUUCUCGAAUCGAGAAACCACCCCUCUAGAUCAGCGAAGCCGUUAAAUCGAAUGGAUGCAAUUUAAUGGAUUACAGGACUCCUCGUUAUUAACGGGGAUCCUAAAUCGGGUCUCGUGUUCGCGUCUUUGCGUGCCAAUUGCUUCGAUCGCUUCGAUACGUCGAUAUUUUCGUUCGUUUAACGGCUAAUCUCGUCUCGCGCGACGAAAACGAUACGGCAAGUGCUCGCUAUCGAGUUUGUUACACCACGUUAUUCGGUUUUCGUUGUUAGAAAAAUCGACAGAGCAAGAGAAACGUUAAAAUUGAACCGAGCAUCGGUGUUAUUCUUCGGUGUUUGAAACGAGCAAAAAAUUCGACCGAAACAGAGGCUUAUCUUAUCUUAUCUUAUCUCAUAAUGCCCAUUUAAUGGCUCGGCGACCAAUGGCGGAUCAGCCUCGACGUAGUUAAUCUUUAUUAUUUAUUAUACUCGUAACUGACUUUACUUUUUUCUAUUUUCGCCGUAAUUAGAAACUUUCAAAUUCAACCGUCGAGACGAUGGUAUUAUUAACAACGGAAUGUCGAUCGGGCGACUAAACUUUUCGUUUAAUUCUCGAAUCGAGUCGAUCUCAGGGAAGAAAUAAACACCAUGAUCCAUCGAUUGAGAAAAAUAUAAAGAUUCGAACGGCGAAAACAUUUACCUCGAAGAAAUGCCGUAAACGAAUAAACCGAAAAUUAAACUUUUAUUUUUCCACCUGGAUACAAUAUAUAUUCAAGAAAAGAAUAAUAAAAAAAAUUGGAUCUGUAACAAUCAUAUUUUGAUAAAUUCGUCGAUUCUUCGUGUAUUCUCAAAAAAAAUUAUUAAAACAAUUCGAAGAAAACGUGAUAUCGAACGCGCGCGAAACGAACGCGAGAUCCCUCUCUUUCCAUUCCCCUGCUAUCCUCGUCGUUCUCUCGUGACACGAACCGAUGAAACACCUCGCUAGAUGGACAGCCGAUUAACCACUUAGACACGACACGGGAUCGAGGAUCGUUUGAACGAGACGAUCGGGAAGAAAAGAAAAAAAGAAUCGAUCGAAGCGUCUGUAAAAAUCUCUCGGUUGGGAUAAUAAUCGAUCCUUCCUAAUAUCGGCCACGUGCCACGAGAGAGAGAGAGAGAGUGGGUGGUCGGUCGGUCAGAGGCGACGUCCGUCGAUUCUCGUGGAACGAAUUCGAGCACAUUGUACGGCCGCCAGGCCGUAUUUAGGUCGAUCGAUCUCCGGUAAGAGUGUGCCACCAAUGAUCGCCAUCGAUGCUUGUGUGUUACCCGUUGCCUCCGCGUGGCUGCGAACCAAGGCACGUCUUGUUCCAUCCUACCGUAUCUACGUAUACACGUAAUACGUACACGCUCUACACACGUUACACCGGACAGGAAGACAGGUUACUACGAUAGCAAUAGGUGGGUGGAACGGAUAAAAUUAGUUGAAAAUAAUUUGUCCGAAAUUAUAUCCAUAUCUCUCUUAUCCCCUUCGAACUGUAUUCGUUCGAUCGAAAAUUCUUCGUUUAGAUUUUUCUAUCUCCGUUCCAUCCUGACUGAUCGACCGACUGACUCGCGGUGUGACGAAGAGACGGAGUGACGGAAAUACGGACGGGGACGACACUCGUUCACAGCAAGUUAAUACGCCGGCCAAAAGAAAAAAAGAAAAAAGAAAAGAGAGUACGUAUAGGCGAGAGUCGGCGAGGGAACGAUCUCUCGGUUUUUCACCGAGAAGAAGGGAAGGGGUGGGGUAGGGUAGGGUGGGGUGGGGAGUAGGGAGGGGGGACCGAGGUCGCGUUCCACGCGAUCCCCGCCACAUGGAUCACAUUGGUCCGUGAGUUAUACAUAUCGCGUAGGUUAACUAGUUGGUAUAAUAUAUUACAGAAGAUUUAAUAUUUUUAUAAUCCACAUUGGAAGUUGUUAUAUAUACGAGUAUAAGCUUAUUAAGUGUACAGGGGGAAGAAAAGCCACACCCGUCUGUGUAUAUAGUAUAUAAUAUAUAUAUAUAUAAAAAUGGGGAAAAUGAGUGAGGGCCGCUCUGUGAUCCUUCGAUUUCUUUCUUUCUUUCUUUUUUGCGCAUCGCGUUCGACAGGAGGGAGAUGCGAAAAAAAGUAUAUAUAGUACGUCGCGUAGUUUUUGUUCUUUUCGAAGGAUGCACGACUCGUGAGGGGAAUUGAAAACCGAUCCACGGUUUAUCGCUCGCUUCGAAUUAGGGACGUAAGCACGAAACGGAUACAUAUCAGUAGAAUGUGAUAAAAGCGGUGUAAUGCGAUUUUUUAUACCUCGUGUAAAUUUAUUAGAGAUAUAAUAUUAUAAAAUCGAGUAUAGUAAAUCCAAUAAAUCCAAAAUUUUAUCCGAGUAAACGGAGAGAGAUAUAGCGGUUUAUUGAUCACGAUUCAUGCGAAAUAAAGAAGAAGAAUAAUUUUUCAAUUCUCGAUCUUUUAAUUUCCCAGCUUUUUAAUCGAGAGAAUCUUUGAAAGAUUACGUAAAGGUAAUACUGAGAUGGGGGAUGCUCGUGUUUUCCAUUCACCUUCCGUUCUACGUAAAUAGUAUUCUUAUAUCCGAGAUUGAGAAUAAAAACGAUAUAUAUCAGGUACAUAUAUAUGUGUGUGUGUGUGAAGGGGAGAUAAAAGUUGGGAAUAAAAUUGACCGUUUGUUUCGAGGGAGGAAAAGGAAAGAGCGCGUUGGAUGUUUCGUCAGGGAUGGGCGACCGAUCUCAGAUGCGUGUAAUAGGCAGCAGAAAAUUGCUCUCGAGGAAUCCUCCAAUACGUUCCCUAUCUUCGCCGUCCAUUUUGUACGAAAUUCGCGACGAAAAUAGAACUCUGUUAUACUCGAGAUUCGAUUUUUCACGAAGAUGCUUUCUCGGUUUUUCUUUAAACUACUUUUUCCUGGCUUCUCGUACCUAUUCGUGCAAUUCGAUAUUUCUAUCGAAUGAAAAACUAGUGGAUCGAAAAAUUAAUUACCUAUUUAUUUCAUUAAAUAUCGUGACCAUAUGAAAUUGUCGUUUCUAUUGAAAGAGAAACAAUUAUUUUCUCCGACCAAAUUCCAUUUUUUAUUAAAUUAUCGAAUAUUUUAUUUUUUAAAAUCGUGAAACGAAUGUCAUGAUCGGUCGGUAAAAUAUUGUCACAUCACAGAAGGUUCGUGUCUGUCGACUAACGAGACUCGUUUCUCGAUCCAUUUCUCGGCUGUUACGAUAUCUCCUCGUUUCGAAGAAGAACGACGAAUCGUUUCCUUUACGGACAGCCCGUAACCAUGCUUUCGUUAUUCCUUCACAGCUUGCGAUUCUAAUCGAAAAUGGAUUCGUGUCGUUUCGAGCUCUGCGCGACGACCGCGCUUCGAGACGCCGCGACUUUUUAUCUUCCUUCGAUUGGCGUUGUUGCCACUUUUCCGAUUUCCUCGCUUUCGCUCGAAUGCGCGAAAACCGUCCCAGAUGCGUUCAAUUCCGCUUUCGCUUUCCGUUUAUCCUCGUUUAACAUAUUUCGGCCUACGUCGAGACUCGUUUCUUCGAGAUUCUCCCGUCGAUGGAAUCUUUUUCGAAAACUAACCUAAUAUUUCGAUGCGCUUCGACUCGAAUAUUUCGUGGCCCAGCUUAAAUUCGUACAGGAACGAUAUUCCAAAUUCGUAAAAACGAACAACUCGAAGCACAGAUAAUAAUGAAUUAUCGAAUAAAAAUUAAAAUUUUUCGAUUUAUCGAUGGAAUCUUCUUCGAAAGCUAAUUUAAUAUUUCGAUACAAUUCGGAUAUAUUCGUACAGCAACGAUAUAUUCCAAAUUCGUUCACUUUUGAAAAAAUAAUUAUAUUAAUGCGAAAAAGGAUUAUUGUUAAUAAUUAUUAAAAACAAAAAACUCGAAGCACUCGAUAAUGAAUUAUUCGACUUAUCGAUCGAGGAAUCUUUUCAAAAGUUAACCUAAUAUUUCGGUACAUUUCAGAUGCAUUCGUACGAACGAUAUUCUAAAUUCGUUUACUUUUAAAAAAAUAGUUAAACAAAAGUUAAUGCGAAAAAGAUGUUAUUGUUAAUUAUUUCUUGAUAUUUUAACUUUUCUUCUAUCUUUCAAUCGUAAAAACAAAAAAUUCGAAGCACUGAUAAUAAUGAAUUAUCGAAUAAUAAAUUAUUCGACUUACCGAUCGAGGAAUCUCCUCGAAAACUAACCUAAUAUUUCGAUACGUUUCGGAUGAAUUCAGGAACGAUAUUCCAAAUUCGUUCACUUGUGGAGAAACGGUUAAACUGAUGACGAAAAGAGGUUAAUUACGGAAAAUAGGUUAGGUUAAGUAGAGUUUACGAGAUCGCGGUUGAUCGUUAUUUCUAAAAUUGGCAAUUUGAUGUGUUGCGCAAUCUAAUAUAACUCUUUGUGUAACCUUGGCCGUAGCAGUUAAUUACUUAUUGAAUCGAGAUUUGAACUCCUCUUCUAUCUUUCGAUAUCUUUCAAUGGUAAAAACCCGAUAAUAAUGAAUUAUCGAAUAAUGAAUUAUUCAACUUGUCGAAGCCAACUUUAUUCUUCGUUCCCACGUUUGGGGCGAAAAAUAUAUAUUUCGAGCGGGGUAUAAUAAUAAAUUUAAACAUUCGUUUCGACAAUUAAAAUAAUCUCUCGUCUCGUUCGAUUUUGUUCUUUCGGUGGCGCAAUUGCGAUAAAUUUCCAAUUUAAAUGGAAAAAAAACAUUUUAGCCGUUCAUUAAAUCCUUUUUCGGUGUACGAUGGCGAAAUUACAUCCGAGAACUCGUUUCCAUGGGCGAGGAAAGGCGAAGGAAAAAGUUAAAUCGAGAAGCCUUGGGAAAAUCCCCCAUUCGUCUCCGUUCCCGCCGUAAAAUUCCUAUUAGACGGCAGAAAGCCGCGAUGCUAAAAAUCCCCCCUCCUCUAACAAAAAUAUAUCGUGUUGCUGGAAGAGCGAGUCGACUCGUAUUGUUGAUACAGGAAAAUAUCACGCUUGCGUAAAUAUUAAUUGAUAAUUAAUCUCGUCGAAUCAAUUAAUCCUCUCCUUUUGAUCAGAACCUCUUUGAAAGGGAACCCACGAAGGAUCCUCGAGGGUUUUAAUCGAACGAUCCGUUUACUCGUGAGGCGUGGAAUAUGAGAGAAUUCGCGAGUAAACCGGGAAUCCUUUGAUCGAAAUAUCCUUCAAAACAUGAAGGCAAUAUAACGAAAAUUGUUAUCUUUCCUCCCGCUUCCUGAUAAAAAUUACUGCCAAGUAUUCCAACCGAGUUUCGAAAAAAAGAAAAAAAAAACAUCCAUCGGUCCACGUUCGUUUUGUUAAACGCGAAGCGACAGCAAAAAGUGAUUUUCGUUAUGCCCGUUAAUCCUUCGUAUUACGGAUUAUAUUUGAUGUUAAAUUAAAAGUAGAGUAGGUAUUUGUUUGACAAAAAUAAAUAAAUAAAAUGCGCGAAUAAAAAGGGCGUUUAUUUAUAAAUCUAUAACGUCAAAAGUGGAAGCUGUCAGCGGAGAAAAUAAAAUAAGUGAAAUAUUACAGUUCACCUCUCGGUUUUCAGUUUUAUACAGGCGCGCGUGUGGCCGUGCGUGUGAAUUUUCACUUGAAAAAUUAGCAUCAAUUUGUAACUCGGAGAGAAGGGGGGAGGGAAAAACAAAAUAUUCUGUCCGAACGGUAAUUUAAAAUUUUCUGCAAAAUUCUCGACAUUAUUCUCGAAUGAACGCGAACAAAUGAUGAACUAUCUCGUGUACGAGAAUGUUUCUUAAAAUUUAAAAUCGAUAAUAAAACGUUGUAUCGAGAUAUAUAAAUAUGUUUGUUCGUUUGUUUCGAAGAAGAAUUUAGAAAUGACAAUUGUUUAUUCCCUUUCGAUGAUAUGACGGGAUGUGCGCAUGCGCAUACGCAUGCGUCAACGAUGUUGAAACAUACGCCGAUUUCGAUGGGUCGCGCAUAAAUACGAUAUGCAUCGUAUUAUGUAACGAUAUAUUGUGUUGUAUAUGCGAAAGGGGGUAAAAGUGACUUUGGGGAUCUUAUCUGGAUAUUUAAUCUUUACGACGUUACCUUUAUGAUAUUUCAAAUAUCGAAGAGAGAAAAAAAGGAUGGUUUUAUUUAACCGUAGAGAAUAUCUUCCAUGCAAGAUUUCUUCUUUAUCUUCGAAAAUUGCGCAGAAAAGCAAAGCCGAGAGCAUAAUUCCACGAUGGAAAUUCCAUUUCGAUCGAGAAAAUGUAUCUUCGUAACUGUUCUUAAAAAUUGCUUCUGGAUUAAAAAUUUAUUAAAAUUCUUCCUUCUUUUUUUUUUUUUUUUAAAAUUAAUCUACGCGAGUAAAGAUCGUAAAAUCUUACGAUCGAGAAAGAAGGAAGGGAAGGGAAGACCCACCCACGAUGUUUUGUCGUUAUUUUAAAAUUCAUAGUUCCGGUAGUUUACGCCAACUGGUUGGUUAGACGACGCGAAAAAACCAGCCACGCGAGCGAAAUUCAACGCAAGCAAAUCCCCUCCCCUUUCUAAUACAUCGAAUCUAUCCAUCCGCGUGGAUUAGACGGAUAUAGGCGUUAUUCUCGGCGCGUGUUAAUUUCGAGGAUGGAGGAAAGAAAAGGAGGGGGGACAAAAAGGUACAAAACAAGCGCGUUUCCCUCUCGUAAGGCAAAGAGACAGGCCAUAAAUAAUCCGCUUUACAGCGGCGGUGAGUCGUGCAUCCGCGGAGGUUUGCCGUUGAAAAGUGCAGCUUGCAUCGAUGCGCCCUGUUAUUCCGUGCAAUAAAUACUCUCUAUCUCUCUGCGCCCUGCGGGGAGAAAUUAAAUUUCGAUCACAGAGCGCUCGAUCGUGAUCUAGGAGGAAAGGGAGUUGAGGGGAGGGGAGGGGAAGGGAGAGAGGGAGGGAUAAAAAUUUCAACUCCGGUGAAUUUUUUACGCCAGUGAUUUCGCCGUGUCCUUGCGCCUCGAAGCGAAAAUCGCGUCGAUUUCCCUCGCCUCGAGGGAGGAGAGAAUAUAAUCCCCCCGUCGUUGUUCGUUCGAUCCAUCGUUUGAAUCUCGCGGCCGCGUAUCCGUCGGCAACGAAGGGACGACGUUUAUCGAUUGCACGAUGCCGAGAGAUCGCAUAACCCAUACAUAUCAAAAAGUGUGAUACAAACAACUUUUUUUCUACGGUAUAUACACGCGUGUUUUUUACCAUUAAGAUGAUUAUGGUGUUAAUUAUCGUUGUUGCGAAAUUCGAAACACUUCUACGCAGUUUUUAACGAGGUUAUUUUGCACGAGGUAAUGCAACUUUUAAAAAAAAAAAAAAGGAACGUGAAAAAUAUUCAAAAUAGACUUCCGUGUAAUACGUUGCGCGUUAAUAAAGGAUUCGUAAAGUAAUACGUUUGGAACAUGAUUGUCGCGUCAAUUUGUACUUUCUAUAUAUAUAUGUUUUUAUCUAAUAAGAUCGUUUUUCCAAAAUAAAUAUAGCGUAUUGAUUUUAGAAAAAUGCACGCACGCGCACACGCACAUCUACACACACACAUAUAUAUAACGCGUUAAAAAUUCGUAUUACACGGAAAUAUAUUGUACAAAUUAAUUAAUAUUUAAGAAAUUUUUGAACGAAAGUUAUUAUGAAAGUACGUGUACAUAUAUAUAUACAUAUAUAAACGUAGCAAAUGUGGUGAAAUAAUUUAUGCAAUGAAUCGCAUGACGAAACAAAGGUUUUCACGAAGCUUGUUAUCGCUUGUUGUCCGUACAACCAUUGAUAAAUUCUCACUUGUUAAUCGCCGCUGUCAAAGCAAAUGAAUUUACAACAGGUGUACACGACGUUUAAUUCAACGACGACUCGACUCUUACGCGUCGCUCAACCGAUCGAACCUUCGCUUAAUCUUCGACCGACCGAGUGGGUAAACACUCUCCCACUCCUUCCCCUUUGAAAAAUUAACAAGAUCCGUGCCUUACGCGAGUCGAGAUAACGAUCGAUCGAUCGACUCAAAUCGAAAAAGAAAAUAUAUAUAUAUUUAUCAAGAGCGGAAUAAUUGCGUUACGAUUUUCAAACUCCUCUAUUUUUAUAACGCGAAACCUCGCUUUAACACGUGCGUAUACGACAGAGAUGGAGCCACCGCCGCCGCGACGAGAAAAGAAAGAGAGAGAGAAAGAGAAAGGAGAAGGAGAAAAAAUUACCAUAGUUGUUUCCUCGCUCGCUUCUCUCGUUUCAAAGCUAAAAUUCCCGCGGGGAAACGCAAUGGUUGCAUCGGCCUGUAUCCUUGCGUCGAGGCAAGCAGUGAAUUAUACCUUAUUACGUGGCGGAAGAGCCCAACUCCUGUAGACGUCGCUCGCGCGAAUAAAUUGUGUCUCUGGCGGCGACGGACGCAAGGAAACCCGGCGAACGGAAAGAUUAGAAAGAGACGCUCUGGAGAAAGAGAAAAAGAAAGAAAACACGGAGAACUUUACUUUGUAACGUCGGACCGGUACAGGGCGGUGAAUUAAUUCGGUGUAUUAAAGCACCUCGUCUCUUUUAUCCCUCCCCGUGCUCGUUUCAACGUCGUUCAACGUCGUUUCCUCCCUUCCCCCUUCUCCAUCGCCGUGUGUUUCUCGCUCGUUCGCUCGUCCUUCGUUCAAAGGCAAACCGCCGCGACGCUAUCGCGUUAGAUUUGGUUACGUGAAACGUUCCCCUGUUUCCUUUAUGGGGAAAGGAUGGACCGAGCGCGGGAUGCUCGUUUGCGGAUCAAAUUUAUCUCUUAAUCAUCCGACCAGACAAUGUUUUAUCCUGCGAUUAAAGUUGCGUUUAAGUUUUUUUUUCUGAAUUUUUUCGCCUACAAAAUAUUUGUGGAAACGUUUCUUUUUCAUUCGGCGAUCGACGCCAUCGAAUUAAGUUUUCGAAGAGGAAAGUAAGAAAAGCGUGGAGAAAAAAGAAUGGGGAGAGGGGGAUAGAGAUAGAGACCCUGUAAAUUGUCACGAUCGUUUCAUUAAUCUUCCUCGCCGAUCAUUUUUGCGUACAGUGGUGUGAUAAAGUUUAAUUCAACGCGCCAGGAUAAAUGGAAUCGUUAAAUAAUUUCUGUUCAUAAUUCAUCAUUUUCUCGAUUUUAUCUCGUGUAAUCCUGAAAUCAACCGAUCGUGAUUAGAAAAGUUUUCACUAUCUUUCCCCGAUUAUCGACAAAUUUUUUCUAACGUAGCGUAAUUUUGUUUAAGCUCUACGAAUCUACGAUUUCUCGUUCGAAACGUAUUAAUUACGAAAAUCGAUAAAUUACGAAAUACGUACGUUGGAAACGAAGAUUCGUCGGAAGUUGCAAACUUGAAUUUAAAAGAUAUAUUCUUCGAUGCAGUUAUUAAAUUUCGCGAUUGUAGAGAAUUAAUUAUUAUAUGAUAAAAAAAAAUUCAAACUCACUGACGAUACGAUUAUAAAUUUUCCUUAGGCGAGAGAAAAGGUUUUUUUAGGAUUUCGGUUGGGUGUCGUAGUCGGCCAAGCGAAAAGGCGAACAUUCGGUAUCGGGUUGACACGCGACCACCGCUCGUUCGUUCGUUCGCUCGUUCGCUCGCUCGUUCGCGAGGCUCAUUUAAAUACGGAAAUAAAGUAAUUUCGCGUGACAGCGGUAAUAACUCGCGCGCUCUGAUGGCGCGCACGAGAACUACUCGUCCACGGUUCUCAUCGGAUUCAUCGUAAUCGCGACUUGAUACACCGAUGCGAUGGAAGGCCGAUUAUUACGCGAUAUUAUUGCGAUCGCUGGCAACGCGUGGCGCGAUUUAAACGUGGCGUCUUCAUUUAUUUCGCCGCGCAAAUUAACGAAGGAAGGAGAAGGUUCUUUAUAUAAGCUAACCGCGUUUUUGUUCUUGGAUCUUUGGACUUGGUUCUCUACUAUGGUUUUUUUUUUUUUUUUUUUAAUUUAAAAGGAAAACGCCUAGGUCUUUUUUAAUUACGUUGAAUAAACCGCACUUUGUUCGUCGAUUCGUUGUUCCAGUUCUCUUCCUCUUGCUACAUCUUUGCAUUCAGUUUUCUAUACUAUAAUUUUAAUUUGAAAGAAAAAUACGAGUAUGUUUUAGUUGCGUUGGAUAUGGACGCCGCGUCCGAUGGUUCUUUGUAGAUUUUCGUUUUUCUUUGCUAGAUCUUUGUAGGUUUUUUUUUUCGAUUCGAAGAAAAAAUUUAAAAAGGCAAAAAAUCUUUUAAUUACAGUCGAAUAAACUUCGUUCGUCGAUGUAUUUUAUUCUUUUUUUUUUUUUUUUGCUUGAUUCGCUUUUCUACGUUUUAAUUUAAACGAAGAAAAAAUUUUAAACUCGAGAUCCUCCGGUUGAGGCUAAUCUUGUCGCUCUUUAUAUUGUACUUACUAACUUUUUCAAUUUGAUUUGUCACAUUUAAAGGAAGAAAUGUAAGAUCUUCUAAUUAUGUGGAAUAGAAAUUUUUCGUCGAUUAUUCACCUUGUUAGAGCCGUAGCUUUUUACAUUUUAAUUUGAAGAUUGAAAAUUGAAAACGUUUUCUUACAUUUUAAUUUAAAGAAACAAUUUUAAACUCUGGAUCUUCUCGCUGGGUCCUUGGAUUUCUGUAUUAAUAAUUCAAGGGAAAAAAUUGAAAACGCAAAAUUUAGCUAAUUCUUUACAUUUUCUUACAAAGCUCCAUAUCUUCUUGCCGGAUCCUUUCCACGUUGAUAAUAAUUCGAGGGAGAACAUCGAAAACGGGAGAAGGUAUUCUAAUUACGUGGAAUAGGUUGUGUGCGCGUGAAACCAAGCAUCAAACGUCGGAUCGGAAUUUUCACAGGGUUUCAACAGUCCCUUUUCUGCCCUCGCGCGGCCAUGUUUAAUCACGAUAUAACGGGAUGGUACGUGGAUUAAAAGAACUUUCGAAAUUCUGCCGAAGUUUUUCCAUUUUGAACGCUCGUUUUCCUCACGAUGCCGGGUUUUAAUGUGAUUGAAUCACCUUGCCACGAAACGAGGCGUCUGGACCUUCGCAGGACCAAGAUAUUUUUCACGCAUUUCGACGAAAUUAAUUCCCAUCGUAUUUUAAAAGUUGUUUAAAAGUGGAGAAAACGUGUAUAUCCGUUAAUCUUCGUUAUCAAAUUUGUGUGGGAUUAAAUCGUUUAAUCGAUAUUAAUUAACGUGGAAAAUUUUAAUACGGAUGAAUCGAUACGUGGCUUUCAAUAUUAAGAAUCGUGAUCGUCGCGAAAUUGGAUAAAAUUAUUAAUUAAAAGGAGAGGAGGAUAUUUAUAAAUAUUUAUCCUUCGAAUUCUAUUUAGAAACGUUUUUUAAUAUAUCGAAAUAUUUAAAUAAAAUCGUUCCUUUCCGAUCGAAUGAACUGUCGAGGAACAUUAUUCUUGUAAAUUAAUUUUCGAUAUUUUAUAAUACUCGUCAUCGACGGUAUUAACGGAGUUUUAAGGGUGCAUUAACCAAGCUGAAAAAGUAAAAAGUUAAAAAUCUCGAAUAAAAUUAACUUCGUAGCUGUUACAGUCGAUCCCCUUUUCGAAUAACUUUUCGUAUUACGAUUAUUUACUAUUAUUAUUAUUAUUAUUACGUUUUCAACGAUAAAUUAUCCAAGUAACUUUAUUCCCAACUUCACCUAUUAAAUUUUCCAUUGUCGCCGAACGAAUCAAGACACUUUAAAGGAAAAUUAAUUCUUCUUCUCGUAGAUCGUGCGUAUAUAUUGCAACAAAACCCUUUCUCUUUUCCCUCCAGUUGAAAAUACGAGCGAAAUCGUGUUAUUUUCCUUUCACGAUCUCUGAUAAAUUCUAGCAAUAUUGUCACUUCAAUAUCUCUCUCUCUCUCUCUCUGUCGUUGCGCGUUCAGAAAACGAUUCGAGAUGCGCCAAUCAGAGAUGUCCAAUCACGUUUAAUUGUCCUCCCUCGAGCCAAUCAACUUAAAACCAGCGACCUAAAAGUCCUCCCACUAUGUGUAUUGCAAAUCAUCCGAAAACCUCGUCCAAGAAAUCUUUUCGUCACGUUAAAAGGAUACGUUUUCGUUUCUGUAGAAUAAUUCAUCGAGAAUGAAAGGAUGUUUGGAGAACUUUAUGUGAAUUUUAUCGCUCGUAAAGCGAUUCUCCUCGACUCGAAUUAUUCUAAUUCUUGGAAAAUAAUUAUUUAUCCGAAACUUUCUCGUUCCAAUAGUCGGAGGAUGAGGAUGAAUUUCGUUCGAUUUUCCCUUUCGUGUCUUUUUUGUGCUCGUUUCUCCCUCGUCGUCGUUCCAUCUUUCACUUGGUUCUUUUCUCCUUUUCCUCUCCUUUUUUGUCUUUCAAUCCAAAGCGCAAUCGGCCACCUCUCUCUCCUUCAAUCUAGCCCACGAUAAAAGCUCCACUUUUGAUCUCUCGAGGGUUGCUUGCCCCCCUUUUCUCCAUGCUAGUUACCCCUUUCGUUUCUCCAUACCCCCUCCUCCCUCCCUUUCUCCACCAUUUCUCGGCCGUUCCACUUUCGCCUCUUUCAACUCUACGUGUCUUUCCUUUUUUUCUUUUUUUUCUCUCUUUUUUCUUUUCCCUUCCGCCACGGUGCCCCCUUUCCCCUUUUCGACAUCGCGAUGUCCCGAUUCUGCCUUUUACACCUUCCUUCGUCGAAGAAUAGUCUAUCUUUCCUCUCCUCCCAUAUAUCGAGAAAUUGGCCGGUUAAGAAGACUUUUUCGAACAAAAAAUCGAAUUGCUUCGCUUGUCAACGUUCAACGAUGACGCGACGUGGCGAAGAUAGAUUAGAUUUAUUUCACGAGAAAGUUCGAUGCAAACUUGGUGGUUCGAUUUAAUUUUUAUUUUCGAUCGAGAGGGAGAAGAAAGAAAAAAAAAUGAAGGGAGGGAUGUUUAAAAUUAGGGGUGUAACCUUGGACCGCGACGUGUCUCUCAGUUUGUCUCUUUUUAUUUUUUUUCUUUUAAUCGAAAUCCUGUUACAACAUCUGAAGCUGAAAUUGAACUUAAAUUGGAACAUUAAUAGGUGGAAUUGUAGAACGGAGACGCGAAACUCGGUCAAUCCGCUCCUCGAUCAAUUAUCGUUUUUCACCGAGCUACGAGGAUUAUGCGGACCGAUGCAGAACUUUUUUCUUUUUUUUUAAUUAUGAAAAAUCAAUAACGAAAUCCUAAUUACGAUAAUUAAAAAGUCGAGAGAUCCUCUAUUCGCUCUUUUCUUCUCGUAAAAAAAAAAUAUAUAUCAUCGUCAAAAUUUAUACAAUUGUAAUAAAAUUACAAUCGCGAAUCGGUGAUUAAGACAAUUUUCGUAUUGGAAGUUUCGACGAGAGUUGCGAGAGUUUAAUUUAUUUAUUUAUUUGUCAACAAGAGGAGGAGUCCGAGACGGAGAUAAAAAAGGUCGUUGGAUAAAGAGCGUAAAAGGAAAAUAAAGUUUCGCGGCCAUUAUCGUCGCCGUCUAUAUUUAAUCGGGUCGCUGCGGGUACAAUAAAAUUGGCCCGAUCGAUUUUCCAUUAAUCGGCCAUUAGUAUGCAAUAGCUAGUUUGCCCGUAGUUGUACGAGAAAUGACUUCGGUCUCGUGAGAUAAUAAUAAGGCGGCAAUAGUCCCGCGAGGACGUUUCACUCUAUAAACCGUGUGUGUGUGUGUGUAUCCACUGACCUUUGAGAGAGAGUGUUCUUUAUCCGUCGAAUAAUGGGCCGUAUAAUCCGACGUAUUUGUCUUAUUACCUCGAAAUUGCGAAAACGCCUUUGCACGCUCGUUCCUCAAUUGCCUUCCUUCCUUCUUUCGCCUCGCUGCCGACCUUCCCGUCAUUCUAAAAAAGACAAACAAACAAACUAGAUUAAAUUCUUGAAAAUAACGUAUUCGAGGUACGAUGUAAUAAAUUUUAUCGUGAUCUGUCAAUAAAUCUAGAUUUUUUCGAUGUUUUAUGAUUGUUGUUUCGUUUUUUUAUUUCUUGGAAAGUAUAGGAGUCGUUCGGAAAGUAAUUUCGUUUCUUCACACGAGUGUCACUAGUCGAACGUUCAUCCAGCCAACUUCGUUCUAAACCGUGUUAUUCGGAAAGUAAUUUCGUUUCUUCACACGAGUGUCGCUAGUCGAACGUUCAUUCAGCCAACUUCGUUCUAAACCGUGUUAUUCGGAAAGUAAUUUCGUUUUUUCACACGAGUGUCGCUAGUCGAACGUUCAUCCAGCCAACUUCGUUCUAAACCGUGUCGUAUAUUUUGAGAAUUGGCGUUUCGUAGUUUAUUUAUGAGAAAAAUUCGUUCGAUUCUGUGCGAUUGCGUUUUUCGCGCGUGAUUUUUUUGUUACCGAAAAGGUAAGAAUUGUUGAGAGAGUAUUAACGGUAUGCCAGUGUCAAAAUUUCGUUCCGACAAUUUCGACGUUAAAAAUGCGCCACGAAUAACAACUCGAAAAAUUGCUACGAGAUUGAAUUUAUCGAAUUUGACUGUUCAUGAUCGCGUGAAGCGAGAUUUGGUGUUUCAUUGUCGUGAAAAAAAAAAAACGAAAUUACAUUUCGAACAAUCCAAUAGUUAAUCGUCGCACGAUUAUACGUGGAUCGUACGUGAGAUAAAAUGAAUAAUUCGCCUGGAAAGAUUGAUUAAUUUCACACACGAGAAAGAAUGGAAGAAAAUAUUUAAUACGUCGAGGAUAGCGUGCCAGGAAACUCGAGAAAAUUGAAACAUCCAAAACUCGCCUAAAUGCCCGAUAUCUAUACCCAUGUUGACAUUUACUACUACCCACUCCUCAUUGUCAGGGAUAACUGUUCUCACGUUUUUGGCAAUUUUCCAAAGCUCGUUCGAGCUCGUUCCAACUCGCUCUUCGCAAAUCACCCCGUGGCCAACGUGUUAAAUAGUUAUGCGAGACAAAUUGCUCGGCACAAUACACCUCCUCGUUGUCCAUGGAGAAAUGAUAACUGGAUUGAAUCGAUCUCUUUCUCUUUCUCUCUCUCUCUUUCCCUGUUGCUUUUUCCUUUACGAUUCGGAAUAUAAGGUAUUAUUCCUCUCUCAAAGAAAUGUUUCGAAAUCCUACGAAAAAAGAAAAACAUAAAAAAAUAACGGGAAAAAGCGAGUUUUAUAUAUAAAAUAUUUACGAGGACGAUGACGCAAGUUUUUUAAUUCGUCGUCGAGUUUUCCUCGCGCGCGUGUAUGUGUGUGUGUGUAAUGUUAUGAAAAACAGCGGAAGCCUCGGUAUAACGCGUCACGUGGAGGGAGGGAGAGAAGGGAAUUUACAUUUUCUACGCGUGAAGCUGCGCCCAACUUUGUACAUGAAUAAUUGAAACGUGUCAUGAAUCAACUGAUUUCAAUUUCAAAAACAUCCAACCCUUACGCGCGCGCGCAACUUCACGUUGAACGUUUAACAUGCAACGCGUAUGAAACGAUGGGGCAAAAAGAUGGAUUAAAAAAGGCAAGGAAUAAAAAAAAAAAAAAAAGAAAAAGAAGAAGAAGAACGAAAAAUGGAAGAUCUGGUUUAGUUGCAAGAGAAUGGAGGAAAAUUUAAAAAAAAGUUAAGAGAAAAGGUUGGAAUUGCGUCUCACGAAUUACAAAAUUCAUCCUCUUGAUCCGAAAUAUAUUUCAACGCUAUAUAAAUUUCUACUUCGAACGAGACAUUGUCUCCGUCGCGUUACACUUAAUUAGAACGAAACCGCGAUUAAUUUCAAGUUACCGACCGAAGAAAAUCUAUUUAUCCGACCGGGUAAAAAAUGUUUGUCUAACGUGAAUACGUGAAUACGCGAAUAGAAAGAAUCUUCAAGACGAUUCGGGAAUUUGUUCCUCGUAUUUAAUAGUUUAACGAUUGCGUAAUAAUAUUUCGAACGUAAUAAUAUUACUUGGCAAGAAAAAUCGUGAGGUGAGAGAAUUGAUAAAUCUUAGUCAUGCGAUUCGAUAUUUGUUCGACUGGUCAAAUUUUGCAUUCGUCGGCAAAAAAGUCACGAGCUCUCCAACUUCAAUUUCCAUUGUUCGAGAGCGUUUCCAGCCAACUAGUUUCGCAACAUUUGUUCCUCAACUUCGAUUCGAUUCGAAAGUAUCGUUUCACAAGAGUGAAGUUUCGACGAGGAGAGAAAACAAUCGCGAGCAAUAACGCGGAAAAUGUUUUUUUUUCCCCCAUCGUAAACUUCGGACGAUUUCACUCGUGAAAUCGACUCGAUCUUCUUCUCUCUUGUUCCCUUUUUUUUUAUUUUUUUUAUUUUGAAUAGAAUUUACGCAGGUCGAGUUGUCAUCUUGCUCAAUGAGAGAGAAAGAGAUAGAGAGAAUCCGUUUCACUUCUCCGUAUUGGAAAAGCGCGGUGGCGCAUCCGAAGCUGGGAAAUAGGAGGAGAAAGGGAGGAAGAGGAUCCUUUUUGAAACGAAUCAAGGACACCACUUUACGUACGAUCUUCAACCGAAUCUUCAAGUCUCUCUUUUUCCUCGAGAUUUAAAUGAUAGUCGAGGAAGGAAGGAAUUGUUUCGAGAAAAUGUUGUUCGCCUCCCCAUCGAGAGACGUUUCGCUUCCGUUUCGUACCUUCAACGGAAGUUAAAAACUUCGAAUGGACGUAUCUUGAUUUCCAAUGUUGCCGCUUCGAGCUUGUUCUUGGCAUCGAGGCACGAGGAUGUUUAUGGAAAUGUAUCUUUGCAUUUAACAUAAGAUACGAAAAUUGAAAAAUGGAGGAUGGAAAUACGCUUCUUUUUACGAGUAAUCUUCGAACAAGCUUCUAUUCCAUAUAUUUCAUUUUUAUGAUCGAUUAUUUUAUUCGAUAAAUGGAUUGUUAUAUUAUUAGCUCGUUCUGACCAGAAAAUUAGCAUCGUGUAACUAAUAAAUCAUUCUUUAUCCAAACGAUCGUUUUAAGAGAAUCGAACGCGAAUAAUGGAAUCUCGGAUUCGAAGAAAAUUAUUCUAACGCAGAGAGAGAGAGAUAGAGAGAGAGAGUUAUCGAGUGCCCUCGUUAAAUCGAUGGGUUUGCACACCACGACGUUGACCAAUAAUUUUUGAACGGGAUAACAAAAUUCCAUCCAUCGGUGAAAUAAUUUCAUCGCGGUACGGAACGGUGGUACAUUUACGGGAAUUUUAAUGGUCAAUUGAUCCUAAAAUUGUCAAAGGAGAGCGUGCAAACUCACGUAAUCACGUCGAUAAAUUUCACGACGAAACGACGAUUCUAUCACGGAUCCCAUCGCGGUUCGAAUUCGAUUUUCGUGGGGGCUUGUAAUUUUUCGCUCGAACGUAAGAUAUUUAUUUAAUCGGUGGAAAUUAUACGGGUCAUUCCCCGCCGAAUUUUCGAUAAAAUUUCGUCGAUAAAAUUAUUUCAUCCGGAAGGACGUUCGAACGAGAUGGAAAAAUUAUUUUCGUUCCUCCGUCAUGGAUAAUAGAAAUGGAACAACGUGAAGUAUCAUUCGUUAGAGCAUAAAAUAAUUUCGAAAAUUAAGAAACAAAUUUUCUUUGUUACUUAAGAACACAUGGAAGAGUAUCUCUCUUUAAUAAUAUCUUAUCAUCGAUUUCAAUCAAAUUAUUCUUCAUUUCUAAAUUAUUAAUCCAAUUUCGAGUAUUCAUCGCUCUAAUCUAACCUAACCUAAAAUUUUAAAAACGUACACGUGUAUUAUUUUCAUACAGUAAACAGCUCGAUCACUUAACCUAACCCAACCUGAAUCUAAUCUAACGUUCAUACAAAAUAUACGCCAUUUGAUUCCUCUUUUUUUAAAGAGGAACAUUGUUCAACAAUUGAAGAUUGAUAGAAUAUUUCGUUACUUGCCGCAAUUAACAGAGAGAAGCGGUGUUUCAAUUUCCAUUUUUUUUCUCUCUUUCUUUUUUCUUUAUUUUUAUUUUCCACGCAUAACUGUCAAAUAAUUCCGUUCGGUUUAAUGGGAUUAUCACGAAUAACGCGAAUUGGACGCACGUUUCAUGAAAAAAAAAAAAAAAUCAAUUUUCGCGAUACGAAGAAAUCGCGGAACUGAAUGGUUGACGGUUUCCUGACAAGCCGGCGUUAAAUGGCGACAAAAUCUCUGACCCCUCUCUCUCUCUCUCUCUCUCUCUCUCUCUCUCUCUCUCUCUCUCUCUCUCUCUCUCUCUCUCUCUCUCUCUCUCUCUCUCUCUCUCUCUCUCUCUCUCUCUCUCCCUCUCUCUCUCCCUCUCUCUCUCUCUCUCUCUCUCUCUCUCCCCCUCUCCCUCCCCCUCUCCCCCCUCCCGAUUGUCCAGGAUGAAUGGAAAGAAUAUUUUUGUUAAAUAGAAUUUACGGAUCAGAAAGAUUACUUGUAUUAAUUUUUCCACAAUUGAUGGGCCACUUUUAUAAUGCAAAAAUCUUAUCGCGAUUUUUCUCUCGUUUAACGCUUUUCAUUUCUUUUUUAUUUUUUCGUAUACAUUAUUAUUUUCGUCCUAUCUCUCGUACAAAAUCGAUAAAAAUUCAUCGAUCCGUCGUUUCUCGAUAAUUAAUAAUAAACUUUUGGAACGUCAAUUUUUCGAAAUUCGAAUCGUUUCGAAAUUUCCACCGUGGAAAUUAUUCGAUUCGAAAAUUUAUAUAUGAUAAAUUUUCCUGUAUAACAAUUUUUCCUUUUAAAAAAAUUCGAUCGAGCCGAUAAUAGUAACUGCGUAAGGUGCGUAACAUGCGAUUCAUUGGAUCAAUUAUUCAGUUAUAUAGAAGAAAGAAAAAGAUGUACUGUACUGUAAUAUUUUUCAAGAAAUAUUUAUUAUUAUUUCUUAGUUUCUUAGAAGGAGGAGGAGGGCGAUCGUUUGCCAUUGUGUGCGGUAUCGUGCUCACGGGGCAAGGGGGGAAACUUUCACCCUCGCGAAAGUUUUAAUAAGCAUCGUGACGUCGAGACCUCGUGGAAAUCUCUGCUCGACUUAUACUCGUCCAUUCGAUCGAUUCUCUUUUGCUAUUAAUCGGGGGAGGGGAGGGGAGGGGAGGGGAAGGCUGUUCAAACUUUUCUUCCGUACGAACUUCGAAACGGCACGUUUCACUUUGCCUUCGAGAUCCUUGUUACAUUCUAAUCGAAUCUGGCCGGCGACGAGCCAGAUGCGAAUUGGAUAGGGAGAUUUCGAGCCACUCUAACGAGAGCAACUCGUUCUCAACUGGGAAACUCAUUCUCUCUUGAUUGUAAUCACCUGGAAAAAUAACUUUGGUCGAGAGAUUUUUAAGUAUUUCUCAGAGGAGAUAAUGUCAAAAAUAUCGGUUCAUUAUAAUUAUCUCGCCUCGAAAACUUUACUUUGGAUCGUCCUUAUUUUAAUUUUUUUCGAGCAAAUACCGUGGAUUAAAUUACUGAAAUAACAAGUAAAAAAGAAAAUAAUAUGUAUAUGCUCAACUCUGAUAUUUUUUUCUUUGAAUCGAGCUCGAGAAAGAGAUCGUUAAUUCUCGAAUGGCCGUCUUAUCUCUUCCUCCCCCCUCCCCCGACGCGCUUAGAAAAAUAACAAAUAUCGGAGAAUAAAAAAGAAGGGUACGAGAUGCAUAAUAUUCAUCGAAAAGAAAACGUUUUCGAGAAAAAAAAAAGAAAACGUGAGAAGCGAAGGGGAAAUACGUUAGGAACUCUCGAACCAGGUUUAAAGGGGGAGCUCGUAAAAGCUGGUUGCGCAAAGUUUUGAUAACAAUCGAGGUAAGCCCGUAUACCGGCCGGAUAAUCAAAUAUAUCCCCCCUCGUGCAAUUUCUCCUCGACAAACUCGCGGAAUCGAGUCGAGUCGAGUCGAGUCGAAUGGAAAAAAUAAAAGAAAAGGGAAGAAAAGAAGGAAAUCGACGCGCGUCCGCCUUCGAGGCCGGAAACGGGAACGAAACCGGAAGUAAUAGGCGAGUGAACCUUUUUUUUUUUUUUUUCCCCACUCUCUCGUUGAUCGGCUCCCGUUAAAGAGUCGUUGAAGAGCGGAAUUAACGUAUCGUAUUCGCGCGUGAGCGAAGUGGGAAAGGAAGGAAGGAAGGAGAGAAGGAGGGAUACUCGACGAUACUCGGUUUACUCGAUCGCGGCGCUCUCAUCGACCCGCCGCUCAUCGAUGACACCGCUCAACCGUCAUAGGUGGUCCCGUAUUCUCGCAUAGAUACACUUCUGAAACGCUGAACGAUUAAUUUUAUCGUUCGAUAGUGAUAGGCGAAAAUAUUUGAUAACAAGCGAUUACAACGUUCGGAGACAGUGAUUAUUCAUUAUUAUUAUUAAUUUUUACGCCAACUUUUGCGUUCUAAUCGAAAUACGACUCGACCAAUAUCCCAACAAUGCCCGAUCGGUAAGGUCACUGAGUAUCGAUCUGUGAAUAAUGUUGGAAUCUUUAUUUCUCUUUUCUUAGGAAGCGUAUGAUAAAUAUCAUUCUACGUUACAAGGCAUAUCGUCACGCGUGAGCAAAUUCGUCUUCGCUCAUAGAUCGAAAGAGCGUGAAGAAAAAGGAGGAUUUUAAUUAUUUCUUUUUUCUUCGUACUCGGUAAUUUUAACUCGAGUUGCUGGCUGAAUUAACUCGGGAAAAAGAUAAAAGCGAAAAAGAUACGGGGGGGAAAAAAGAUAGGAAAUUUUGAAGGGACUGCUUACCGUGUAGUGAGGGGUUCUCUCUCGUUCACAACUCUCUGUCUUUUUUAUUCGAAGUUGCGGCGGCUGAGAAGGGUACGAGACCUCACCUUCCUCUCCAUUUUCGUUGAAACUGAAAAGCGAUGCUUUCGAAGCCCGUUUAAAAUUAAUCGGCGGUACAAAGCCGCGGGAGUGGGGCUGUUUCUUCGGUUGGAAUUUCCCUUUUUCACGCACGUUUAAUCCGGGGAAACAAUCGGGGACCGUGGUUUGAAACGCUACGAACCGUGGCGGUUCGCACCGACCGACCAGAUGCGAAAUCCGUUCGUUUAAACAUUCUCUCUCUCUCUCUCUCUCUCUCUCUCUCUCUCUCUCUUUCUCUUUCUCUCUCUCUCUCUCUUUCUCCCCCCUCCUCUCAUUCGCCGGCAUCAAUUUCCCCCGGCGUGAAACGAUCCUGGCAAGAAACCGUUUCCACGAGUUCGGGUUGCGUGCACGCUGGUUGAAAACAGGACGGAAAUGGGAACGUAUCGCGCGUAUCGAACGUGACAUUUGCAUAAAGCGGAACGGGGAGAAAGAUUCGCCUCUCGGAUCGGAUCGAGAGGGAUCAUCCCUUUUAUCUUUCUAUUAUUAAUUCCCUCCCCCUUCUCCUUCGUGGAGAAAGAGAGAGAGAGAGAGAAAGGAUUUCGAUUAUAUUUCCAAUUUUAUUUCGGGAGUGAAGAUGGCGUUGAUGUCAACACCUAUUCUGCCAUCUUCGUGCAUCUUUUUCGUAACGUACUUCCUUCUCCCCUCCCAAAGAGUUACACGCGCGUACAUAAAACUUGAAGACUAUCCCUUUCCUUGUCCCUCAGAAGCAGCGAGAGCGAGAGAAUAACCGUACGCUCUGCGUUCGAAUGAAUUCCUCUCCUCGCUGCGACACUUUUUCGACCGGGAUCCGUACUUUCUCUCUCGAUUAUUCGAAAUCUUCGAAUGCUCGUUGUUGCGUAAAUCGGAGACGGAUCUUCCGUUUUCUUUCGUUACAAAUUUAAGGAGGGGGGAGGUUCUCUCGAAGGCACUUACGAAAUUAAAUCACUCUCCCCCCUCGCUGUAAAUCCUUCUCGACUUCGGUCGGAUAGAAUGUUUCAACGCGCGGAUCCUUUUCAUCGGGUGGCGCGAUAAUGCCGCCAAAUCUAUUCCUCCGGAGAAGAAAAUGUGUCUCUCGAGCCUUCUCUCCAGCCGCCAGCUAUCUUUCUCUCCCUCUCCUUUUUUUCUUUUUUUUUUUUUUUUGCUUCCUUCGCUCGGUAGUCGCGUUCAGUCUUCUUCCUCUUCCAUCCCUCGUUGGCCGUGUUCGGUGAAAGUGGUGCUGAUUUAUUUAAGAGACGAUGCUACCGGCGAGAUUCGCGCGGAAACGAAGAAAGAGGGAGGAAGGGAGAGAGAGAGAGAAAGGUGAUUCCCUCGGUCGGAAAUAUGGUGAUGAAUUCGGGCUGAUGUUAUUGGAAGUUGAAUAACGGUUAGUGGCUCUCGUUGUCGAGCCGUCCAAUGUAUCUUUGUGCGGGUUUUAAUAAUAAAACAUUUCUGAAAGGAUGUAUAUCUUGCGAUGUGAAUUUCUUGGAAGUUUCUUUUCUUUUUUUCUCUCUCUCUCUCUCUCUUUUAAUCUUGCUAGAAAUCGAAUUUAUGGUUUUAUUCGUUGGAUUUAAUUAGAUUAUUUUGAAAUGUUGAAACGUAGCUUUUAAUAUCUAAUAAGACAUUUCCGGAAGGAUGUAUCUUUUCUUCUUCUCUUUUAAUCUCGAUAAAGGUUAGAAACGUGCGAAUUUAUGGUUUUAAUCGUACGUUAAAUGGUUCUCGUUGUCGAACCGUCCACUUUAUUCAACGUGUCUUUGUGUUAUCUUUGUGUGACUUUUAACGAUUCCAGACGUCCUCGAAGAUUCUUUUCUUUUUCUUUUAAUUUUGAUCGAGGCUAGAAAACGAAUUUACGGUUCUAUUUUUUAGUUGGAUUUGAUUAGAUUAUUUUGAAAUUUUGAAGCGACUCUCUUUUAAUUUUCUUUUUCUCUUUUAAUCUUGAUGGAGGCUAGAAAAGAGUGUGAAUUUAUGAUUAAAUAAUUUGCAAGAAUUUUAAUCGUUAAUUGGAUUUCUCGUAACUCUUAACAACAAGACACAUCUGUAUCUUUUUCCUUUUCUCUCUUAUUCUAAUUUUAAAAAUCAAAUAUUUGCAAGGAUUUUAAUUUUUAAUCGGACUUAAUUGUGAAUUAUUUCGAAAUAUUCUCGUCUUCGUUCCUUCGAAUCAAUUCCAUUUUCAAAUUAAUAUAAUUUCGAUUAUUCGAAAUUUUGGAAUCUUCUCCAAAAAUAUCUUCUUGCGAGAGAGAGAGAGAGAAGAAGAAGAGGAGAAAGAAAAUGCGUUUAACCGAUUACAACUUGAGUCUUUCGUCAAGAUCGUUUUAAUUUACCCUCCCCUAAAAUAGAUUACCAGAAAAUUGAAUAAAGAUUCCCCUGGAUAAUAAAUUAAUCCCUCCCUUUCCGCGCGCGCUUUCGGAAUUAACCAACGAAAUUAUUAAUCGACGGAAAAGCGAAGACGGCGUAAAAUUUUAAUUUCAAAUUCUAGCGAACGUAAAACUUCGUUAAACGAUCCUUUCCAAUUUAUUUCGAUCGAAAACACAACUCGAAGAAAUUAAAUAAAAUUCCUCGAAUUCGAAUAAUUAAACAAAUAAAUAAAUUAAAAUAAAUUUAAUUGAUCAAUAAAAAAAACCAAAAAAUAUCAUUGAUAAAAUUACUCUUAUAAAUAUAAUAUUUAUAUAUUAUAAAAAAAAAUUAAUGCAAAUAUUCUUCUAUGAUACUAAUUCAGAUCAAAUGAUGUCCGAUUUAAUCCAACGAAUAUUCUUGUAAAUAUUAUUAAAUACAAUGGAAUAAAUAAACGAAUCGAGCAAACGAAUUAUUCCAUUAUAUACUCGAGGAAUCUGUUUGCCAAGAAGUGUAUCUAUGAUGAGUGACAGAGGAGUGUAAUCGACUCCUCGAACAAUGUUUCUGUGAUCAAAAGGUAUGAACGACGUAUGUACAUACACCUUGUUUAUCGUGUACACACAACUCCUCCGUUUUGUCUACGUGAACGGCGUGACGGGGGCCCCCGAGUGUCGUCGACGGAGUAAUGACGAGAUAUCAAAUAUUUUACUAGAAACGCAAGGAAUAUUCCUACCGACUGGCAAACAAAACGUUCAUUUUAUUUUCUUUUAAACGAUUACACCAACUGAUAUACACACACACACAUACAAACGCAUCCAAAUGAAUUUUUCCAAAGAAAGUGACACUCGAAGGGAAAAGGAACGGCUUUCGAAACCUUUUUGUAAGGAUAUAUAUAUAUACGUGUAUUGCGAAGAAAGUUUCUUUCUUUGUCCCACCAAAGGAAAUCGCAUCUUGAGGUUUAAGUUGGAGAACGAUAGAUUUAUUUCGUAUGAUAUCGUGGACAAUUUUACUGACAAUCCGACGAGAUGAAAGGAGGACCGAUGAUCCUCCUUUCGCGAUGUUUAACCGAGGCAAGGAAUCGUCGUGCAAAGAGCAAGUAUAGGGAAAAUAUUAUUGCGUACGAAAGGGGGUGAGAAUCGAUGUAUGUAAUUCGAAAUGGGAAUAAUUUGCGAAAAAUAUAUAUAUAUAUAUAUAUAUUAUUCUUUUUAAAUUAUAACAAAAUAAUACCAAACUCGCCCGAUUCUCACCCUCCCCCUCCCAUGAAUUCAAAAACAAUCUGUUAUUUUAUUCUCCUCCUAUAUCCGAUUCGAGAGAAAUUGAAAGUUCAAAAUACCGCAUCACUAAAUUCUGAAACUCGCUACUUGUUGUUGUAUCGUCGCGAUAAUCUUUUUGAUAGAAUUUUAUUCGACACGAGUUAUUAAAGAAGACGUUAUUCAGAGGGGAGGAAGGGAUCGUCGAUUCCUCGAGCAAGUACAAUACCGCGUCCAACGAAUUAAUCGAAGGACUCGGCGAUUCCCGAAAUUUUCCGUCUGAUUAUUAUCCCACGGACCAUUGUCGCCACUUGUCGAGCAGAGAGUAAAGUAUUUGAUAUUGAUUCGCGGGGAGGUGGUGAGUAGCGAACGUGUAAAAUAGCGUGUAAAGGGGGGGAGUCUGUAGAUUUAAUAAUAAAACGUAGCGGUACGUUGAGCAAUAAGCUGAAGAGAGAGAGGAAAAAUAACGAUACAUAUCAAGAAAUUGCCUGAAUUGCCUGAAUGUGGUGUGUGCGUGUGUGUGCUGCGGUGUGUAUGUGUUUGAACGCGCACCGAACGUGAGAUCAUCGUGUAAUUUCGAGGCUCGAUACUUUAUAUGCGUGUGUCUAUAUAUAUAUAUACGUAUGUAUAUUUAAAGGGAGGAUAAGAAGAAACGUGCAAGCGAAACAACGACUUCGAUUUUUUACCCGCCACUCGAUCCACCCGCCGAAUUUCACCCAGCGAAAGGAAGAAUUAAGAGAGAAAUUCUCGAGUGCACGUUAUUCUUGAAAUCCAACGAGUUCGAAAGUUAUAAAAAAAUACGAAUUUGUGGAUUCUCGUCGAUAUUUUAAAUAAUAUUAAUAUAAUGGAGGGAAGUAAAUCGGGAUAGAAAUAAAGGAGAACGGUAGGGGAAGAACGAAAUGAGAAGACAGGUAAAAUAAAAAAAAAUUCAUCGAAAGCAUAUUCUUUGAAGUUUUUAUACGGGAAACAUUACGAGCUGAUUUAACGCUUACGUUUUUACAAAAGCUUUAUACCAUGUUCAACGAACGUUUUAUUAAUUAAAGGGAGCAGCGGAUUAUUUUUUUACGCGUAAGAGAAAGGAAGGCGAAGCUUCUUCACACCGCAUAAAAUCAAAAAACACAAUAAUAAUUUCUAAGAUAAAAAUAUAUAUAUAUAUAUCCACUGAGAAUCACCGGGAGGCACGCCAGGAAGGAAGGAAGGAAGGAAGGAAGGAAGGGGGGAAAAAAAGAUGAAAAGGAAUUUCAUUUCCAAAGCUCGUACAAAUACUCGCUAAAUAAAAGGCGAUAAAACCAAAUUUCGCGAGCAGUGGCUGGGAAUCGAUGUUGCGAGCGAGGAGCGAGUUAAAACGAGAAGGAGAAUAGGCAAGAGAGGGGGGAAAAAUAAAAUAGCGAGAGAGAGAGAGAGAGAGAGGUAAGGAGAAAGCAGAGGAAAAAAGAAAGAUGGAAACGCAACAAUGGGCCAUUUUAUCGAAAAAGCCGUGUGGAGAAAGAGCGCCGUGAGGCAAUGCCACUUUUGUCCGGGUCGCAUUUUCGCGAGGCUGGCCCCCCCUCCCCCCGAGAGACUGGGCUUUGACAGCGCACAAAAGGCCAUUGUGCGAUGACCCGUUAAAAAUCGUUGUCCGCCUAAUCGGCCGAACGUUGAUUCGAUAAAACGCUAAAGGGCAACCCGGCCAAAUUUGCAUCUCCGUCCACGCACGCUCCCCCUAAAUCCCGGCCCCGCCAAUAAAACUCACCCAAAGUCUCUGCUCCGCUUUUCCAAACCUCUUUUUUCUUCCCCCACCGCCACUUGAUUCUUUUCCCCUGUAAUCGUCGCGAACGUCACGACUCCUCGUUCGUUUUACGAUUAGGAUCGAGCUGGUAGAUGUCCGAGUUGUUUGUUCAGCGACGGGGAAUCAACAUUCGGGCGAUCGAAAAGUUAAAAUGUUGUUUCGAUUACCCGGCGACUUGGAUUGGAGCCUGUUGAUAUCGGUAACUCGGCGAAAAGAGCAGAUCCUGUGUUAAAUAAGCGAUGGUGGCGAGGAAAGUAACUUGAUGUUUGCCACUCUCGUGAUUCGUUCGACAAGAGAGAGAGAGAGAGAGAGAAAGAGAGCGUGUAAUCAAAGUAACCUCGUGAGAAGUGAAGGACUUGCUUUUUAUACAGUUGAAGGUAGAUUAAGGGAAAAUAUUUUUCAUCCCGCCAAUUAUUCAUUCUUUUCCUUUAUUUUUUUUUUUUAGUGAAAAUUAUUCCUUUCGAAAUUCGGUGGGAUUCGAGUGGAGUUUGUUUCGCGAUCGUACUCCACGAAGCAAGACUGCCCGUACAUGCGUAUACAGGUAUCGAAUCUCGAAAUUGUAAUUGAAAAUCGAUCCUUGAAAUUAUAAUUAAUGGAUGAUGAAGCGCGGAUCGGAUCGAAUCGACUAUUUUAGGGCCGUAUCAAACUAAACGCUAUAGUUCAAAACGAAUACAUAUCACUAGUUCUUAAAGAGACGCGAUGUAAGUAUACACAUAUUACAUAGCUCUAUAUAUAUAUAUAUAUAUAAAACGAGAAAGAGGCGAAACAAAAAACAAAAGAGAGAAACGACAACAUUAACAACUAAUUUAUUACACAUUUACCGCAUCUUAUAUACAUAAUAUACAUAUACAAAAUUGAUAUAUAUACGUAUAUUGUAUAAUAUAUAUAUAUAUAUAUUAUACGAUAUAUACACGUGCAUACAAAUCGGAGAUAAAUAAGGUUUUGCUAAGACGAUAAAUUAACGGUACGGUCACGUGGAUCGACGAGGAUAGAACGAUAAUCGGGAGAUGCGCGUGCGUAGAUCGUGCGAUCCACGUGAUCGUCGUCAGUGUACAGCGACGCCGUGGAAAAUGGUGGGCGUGUUCUAUCGACAAAGAUCCACAGGACAGUAUUUUAAAGUGUCGUAGAUAGCUUAGUUAUCCUUGCGUAUAUUAACGAUAUCUAUUCCUUACACUCACAUUCACCGUCACACUUACAUUGCCGCGUGCACACGAGAAGGAAAAAGAAGAGAGGAAAAAAAAUUGUAUAUAAAAUUAUAUAACCUAUACGCGAUAGAGUGUCUCGAUGAGAGGUGGAAAGCGUGAAAAGCGUGGUGUCUGUUAACGGAGACGCUGUUACUCGUAGUUGAUCGGUUUCCAUUCGAGAAAGAGGAGGAAAAAAAAAGAAGGAUUACACGUAUCUGGAGACGUUAAGCUGGGAAUGGAUCGUGUGCACACGACACGCGUACACAAAGUGAAGAAAUUAUUAUUAUUAUCGAUGUCCUAAGAUUGUUAAAGCGGAAACGAUCGUCUCGAGGCUUCGUCGAGAGCGUUUCCGCUUCGUGUAACUCACGUUUCAAUGAUAUUUAUUAUUUUUUAUAAUAGCGUAUAUACCGUGUAUGUGUUUUCUGUCGUCGUACUACCCACGUUUCUCCUUACCUCGAUAGAUGUUUAAAUAAACGGUUGUGGGAGGAAAGAAGAGGAAAGUUGUUGCUCGCAAGAAGAAAAAGAGAAGAUUUUCUUCCACUUUCCAUACUCUUUGAACGUCCACCGAGAUUCACCCCUCCUCCCACUCCUUCCUCUUCAACGAUCCUCUUAUCAAUUCCCUAAUUAUUGUGUUGUUACUUGAGAGAGGAAAAUAAAAAAUCAUUAUUAAGUCGCGGUGACGAGCCGGUAAAGCUCGAUUGUUUAACUGCAUAUAUGAUCGUCAAUCCUGGUCCGUGUCCAUGAUAACUCUUUCACCGAGUUCGAACAUGCUUCUUAACCCUUCGUAUUUUCGCCCAAAGAGAGUCAAGCUUGCGUUUGAGAGAAAAAAAAAAACGAAAAAGCUUCGAAAAAAAAUUGAAAAAAAGAAAAAAAGAAACAUUCAACUUUACGAUCUUUAGAAUGCUAAAAAAUGAAAAGAAGCAAAAAAAAAGUAAAUAAAUAAAUUACGCAUUUUUUAGAGUCCUUUGGAACGCGUAAAAUCUAUCGUCGUUUUAAACAAGAAGUAGAAAAUUUUCGAUGUUUACUAAACGUAGGAUUAAUAAGCGAUCGUUUUUAAGUGUAUGAUCGAUUCAGUGGUUUCAACUUUAAACUAGUCAGCCCGCGAAGGGUUAAGAAGAUUAUCGAACACUGUGCACUAUACUUUGUAGCUUCGAUGAAUAAAAAAAAAAAAAUAGACGAGAAAUACCCGUUUACACGAUGAAACUUUUCCAAGACAAAAUUCGAGACAAAAGAUCGAGGGAAUCGAAUUGGAAAAAAUCGAAAAGCAGUUUAAACGAGGUAUCUACAAUUCCUCGUUUCUAAAAUAUACGAUCUAAAUUGGACAAACCAAUCUACGCUCAUCUUGCAUCUCGUGCUUUAUCGCGAAUUAUCGCAUCAUGUGUGACGGAUCAUCGUUAAUUAUAAAUGAGAAGUGACGAUCAAGUUUAAUCAUUAAUGCGAAUUGGUAGCUUUUAAAAAAAAUUAGCUUAACCUUUUAACUUCGUACCUUUAAAUCAAAUCUUAAGUUAAUUCACUUUAUAAUUAAUUUUUUAUGCCGUGAGCAAGAGUUGAAAUAUAAUUUUAUUUUUAUUCCGU